AUCAAAUCCUGCAAAUCACGUGGUUAAUGAGUUUCUAAUUGCUCUCGCAAAUGGCCCCCUAGUCACGAUGAAGACUUACCCGGGAUUUUAUGUAAAUGGAUAUAAAUUUCACACGAUGAUGCAUGGGACUAAUCGGGCUAGUAUGAACAGUGGUGUGUGCAUAAAAGGUGAAUGUUAUGGUUCAGAUGAGAAUGGUGAACUCGACUAUUAUGGGCGUUUGCUGGAGGUAUGCGAGCUUGAGUAUGUGGGUCUACCACUGAAGACGACCACACUCUUUAAGUGUGAAUGGUUUGAUCCAUCACCACGUGGGACAUCAGUGCAUCCUCAAUUCAAAUUGGUUUCAAUAAAUCAUACACGUAGAUAUGGUGGUUAUGAACCAUUUGUGCUAGCUGACCAAGCUAUUCAAGUAUAUUAUUGUACAUACCCAAGUUUGAGAAGUGAUAGGAAGGAUUGGUAGGAAGUUUGUAAGAUUAAAGCUAGGUCGAAAGUUGAAGUUCCAAAUGCAGUGGAAGAGACUGUAGUGAACCAACCUUUUCAAGAAGAUGACUUAAUGACUCCAACAAACCCUGACAUAGAUGAUGACACCACAAUAGUGCAUCCUCGUGGUGGUUUGAUAGAUAUUGAUGAUGCCGAUGAGGAAGACGAAGAAGACACAUAUUUGACUGAUGAAGAAGAUAGAAACUUGGAUGAUAGUUUUUAGUGUCAGAUGGCUAGAGGAAGCAGUGACACGCACAGUGGUAGACGAGGGCACGGUGAUGGUAGAGGGCGAUCAUCAUCCUCAGGGGCAUCAUCACAGGCGUCUGAUGGGGGCAUUCGUGAUUCAGUUGCCCAGAUACAGUUGGCUGGAGGCAGUGGAUCCGCUCCGACAUCAUCAGAAGAUACCGUGCCCAGCAGCCACUCGAGCACAGGGCGGAUUAUGUUGACCAUUACACCUCAGGGUAAGAUCUACCCAUACGACUACGUGGCCAAAGCGUGUACUCGUAUUUUCAGGCAAGUUAGGAACCCUAAUGGCUUUAACUGGAAGGCGACACAUGAUGAUGUGAAGAAUUUAUAUUUUAUGGAAUUCAAGAAGCACUUCAUGUGGGAUGAUAGUAUCGAACAGGCAGUGAAGUUGGAUUUUAUGAAGACCGCGGCUCGUAGGUAUAAAGAUUUUGUAUAUGAUAUCAAGAUGGCAAAGGAUGAUCCGAAGAAGGGAAGGCCACCAUUUAUUCAUGAGCGUGAGUGGCCUGAUUGGUUGAGUUACUGGAGGAGUGAGGCUGUGGUUCAGAAAUCAGAAACGGCCAAAAAGUGCAGAAUGUCUGAGCCUGAAGGUCCAGGAACAGGACAAGUGAAGCAUAAAGGAGGCUCCAAAUCUACUCUCCAGAUUGCCGAUGAGAUUGCCAAAAAGAAGGGCGUUGAUCCCAGUCAGUGCUUCUUUGACGCUUAUGAGGUCCUCCACGUGAACAAAGAUGGAUCAUAUACUGACCCUAGAUCUGAGACAGUUGGGAGAAAAAUUGAAGAGCUAAGGGAACAACAAAGUCAGCCGAUGGAUGGAUCUACUGAGCCACAGGCGGUGGACAUGGCCAAAAUAUAUCUUGAGGCUGUAGGUGGAUUGGAUAAGAAGAAGAGGUUGUUUGGUGUUGGUAGUCUGGCAUCUACACUCAGGAGUGAUGGUUCGAGUGGAUCAUCUCAGGCUCGGUCCUCAACUUAUGACGAUACAAUAGUUGGUCUCCAGAAUGAGUUGCAGAAGGAGCGAGAUGAGCGCCGACAAGAGAGUGAGAGCUUCAGGGCACACCUACUAGCACAGCACGAGUACUUGACUCGCUUUUGUGCACAGUCGGGAUUGCCCCCCCCACCACCUCCGCCUCUUUGACUUUGAUGUGUAUUACUAUUUUGGAUAUGUAGUAUGUUAGACUUGGAUGUGUGUGAAAACUUAUUGGCAUUGUAGUAUGUGAAAACUUAUUAGGAUUGCAUUUGAAUGUUUGAAAACUUAUUAGGAUUGCAUUUCAAUGUUUGAAAACUUAUUAGGAUUGACUUGGAUGUGUGUUAUCAAUAGACUUUAGUUUGAUUUAAA